AUGGGGGACGAUAUUGAAGAUGACGUAGAUGAAGAGAAAUACGAUUCUGAACUAGAUUGGAAACCGCCUACCAAAAAACUAAAAACCAAAUUGAGAACCAGGCAAAGGAAAGUAAUUGUAAAAAAGGAACCUAAAGAGAAAAAAGAACCAAAAGAAAAGCGUCCGGCCAGAAAAGCAGCCAUCAAAAAUCAGGCAUUGCGCGUAAAGCCAAAUCAAAAAGCAAGAAGCUGGUGCUGCAAGCUGUGCUUCGAGGAGUUUGAUACCCGGAAGAACCUUGAGUACCACAGAAGAACGAUGCACGAGGAAUCGGAAACCAUGCAGCUUGAGGCUGACAGCUUCGAUAAAUAUUCCUUCGACGAAGUCCACGAAUUCUAUACAUGCAACACGUGUUCCGCCGAGUUUCAAGACAAGGAAGAAGUAGAGAAACAUAUCGAGACUCACGAAGAGAAAUACGAUUGCGAAGUUUGUAGUGAAACAGUCAAGGGGGCGCUUAACUUCUCCUGUCACAUGCAGCAACACAGAGAGGACAACAAUUUCCCUUGUCCCCUUUGCACGCAUAUCACCAGCCGGAAAUCCGCCAUGUUGACACACAUCUCGCGCUUGCACUUCCGGAAGUACGAUUUUCAAUGCAGGAUGUGCGGCAAGUGCUUCAACGACGCCACCACGUUCAAGGAACACGAAAACUUCCAUCUUGGCAUCAAACCGUUCAUCUGCGUCGUGUGCAGCAGGGAGUUUAUUUACUCCAGAUACCUCAUCGCCCACCAGAUUCGUAACCACAGAGUCAGAGUGCUCGACAAAGAUUCGAAAACGCAGUGCCACAUGUGCACGAAGAUCUUCGCCAGGAGCGAAACUCUGGUAAAGCACAUGUUGAACAAGCACCUGACCUACCACGAAGGCCCUCACGAGAAGAAGCACCUGUGCGACGUUUGCGGCCAGGGUUUCUCGCGCACUGACAAGCUGAAGAUCCACUACAGGAAGCACACCGGGGAGAAGCCCUAUUCGUGCGUGUACUGUAGCAAGAGUUUCAUCAAGCGCGACUACUUGAUUAUGCACGAGAGAAUCCAUAACGGCGAAAAGCCGUAUGUGUGCGAUUACUGCGGCAAGAGUUUCAACCAGGGCGCGCCACUGAGGAUCCAUAUGCGCAGUCAUACUGGGGAGAGGCCUUACAAGUGCCCACACUGCGAGACCGGAUGCAUUUCCAAGGGGGCGCUUAACGCGCACGUCAAAAGUUGUUUAAGUACGCUUUAG